AUGAGUUGGUUUCAAAAAACCAUUAACCUUCCAGCACGGUCCCGUGGAUCCUACUUGAUUACAGACCAGAUAGUUUCGGAGCUACCAGAAUUGCGCAACUACAAAAUUGGUUUACUACACCUCUUCAUUCAGCACACAAGCUGUGCGCUGAGCCUGAAUGAAAACUGGGACUCGGAUGUCCGGGCUGAUAUGAGUGACGCGUUGGAUAGAAUUGCCCCCGAGGAUCGCAAAGGCAAUUUGUAUCGGCAUAGCGCUGAAGGCCCGGAUGACAUGCCUGCACAUAUCAAAUCUGCUUUAGUCGGUGCAAGCGUCACAAUUCCUAUCAGAAAUGGAAACCUGGCCACAGGAACGUGGCAGGGCAUCUGGUACCUAGAAUUCCGUGCCAGUAAACACCAGAGAAAGAUAGUUGCUACAAUCCAAGGAGAGAAAAUAGAGUAG